AUGUAUCUAUUUUUCAGAACUGAGCAGAUUGCGCUGAUAGAACAGAAGAUUGGUAACUCACCACCAAACUUUAACGACGACUUUGCAACAAAAGUAGAAUGCCAGCUUGCCAUCGACAGUUUCGAUUCCAUUAAUGAAGUAGAUAUGGACUUUACUGUGAGUAUAAUGCUACACUUGAGUUGGCUGGAUGCCAGAUUUACGGUUUGGACUUUCGGUGAUGAGGUUUUAGAAUUUGACUCAAAGAGGCUGAACAACAUAUGGACCCCGGACUUGUUUUUUCCUAACGAGAAAAAGGCUUUUAUUCACCAAGUAUUCAUGCCAAAUAAAAUGUUACGAGUGUAUAGCGGCGGAAAAGUCUCUUAUACUGUCAGACUGUCAUUAACACUUAGUUGUCCAAUGGAUCUAAGGAACUAUCCCUUCGACAAACAAGUCUGCAGGAUAGAAAUGGAGAGUUUCAGCUACAACGAAGAUAACAUCAUCCUGGAGUGGGCGGGGAUGGAGACGUCCGGAAAUGAGAGCCAUCCCGGACUGGUUAACGUGACCCAGAGGACCGAGAUUCCGGUGGAGAUCAGUGACAACAUAGAAAUGAAUCAGUUCCGGGUCGUGGAAAAGCACACACUCAAAACUCUUAACGAACGUAGAGGGGCAGGAAAUCAUAGCCUCCUUCAAGCUGAGUUUCACCUAGUGAGAGACAUAGGAUACUAUCUGGUUCAAAUGUACAUUCCCAGCAUGCUUAUCGUCAUGUUGUCCUGGAUCUCGUUUUGGCUUAAUGUGAAUGCCGUGCCCGGGCGAAUUUCCUUGGGUGUGUUGACAGUUCUGACGUUGACACAGCAGAGUUCUACAGUCAAUGCAACCCUUCCCCGUGUCUCAUAUACUAAAGCCAUUGACAUCUGGAUGUCCUCGUGUUUAGUUUUCGUGUUUGCAGCUCUAAUUGAGUUCGCUGUCGCCAAUGUGCUGGCUAGAAAAGACAGCAACAAAGGAUUCAGUUUCAAAAAAAUGUUUCUCCUGCCAACUUUGAGUGAAAAAAGAAAGAAAAGGAAAGGAUCGGGGGUUUUAGUCGAUGACAAGGGACUGAUGCGACUAGAUCCUGAAAUGGACCCAACUCUUGUCCAGAAACAUCGAGAACUUUCCGGAUUGUUGCACGCCAUGUAUUUGGAUGUAGCCUGUCGCUUUCUGUUUCCGAUUUGUUUUGGAAUUUUUAAUUUAGUGUACUGGACAAUUUAUACUUCCGAUCGUUUUGAUAGUAUCGUUUAGUGAAUAGUGAGAGAGACCAUGAACUGUGAUGAUAAUGAUUUCAUAACCAGCAUGCACUCCGGUUUAUCCGAUUGCGAAUAUUUCAAUCAUUUCUUAAUGGAAAGAAAGCCGUCAGUUUCAAGACAUAUAUGCCAUGUGCCGUUUACGACAUAUGAUUGACUGUAGCACAAUGUCGUAAAACGCGGGCUCGAAGAAUAAACACAUACUGAGUAAAAAGACAUAACUCCACAUUUUAUAGACUAUGUUGAAUGCUGAAUAGUGUUUCGAGUGUUUGAAAGUAUCAUCAAUCAGAUUACAUUCCAUAGAUUUUACGAUCGAUUCGUUGUCUUUCUGAAGCUCAAGCUUAAAUGUGUUUGUAAAUGAGUGUUCUACAAAUUCAGUUUUCUGAAAAAAGUCAGUUCUAUUCAUAAUUCAUGUUAAUGAUCAUAAUGAAUAGUUCUUUGCUCUUUUUACUUGCAUGAAUUGAUAUAUUUAUCACGUGCUUCCGUUCUGUGUCAAAUUCUGUGAUAAAAUAAAAUGAAAGAAGAGGAACUUGAAGAACUUGGGUGAAACUUUAUGCGAAAUGGAACUCUUCAUACAACAAGAGAUGUAUCAUUCAAAUUGACCAUGAGGAUAAUGGAUAUUUGAUAAUAUGCUCCAUCUACAUUGAAAAGUGGUUAAUAAAUUAAAGUUAGAAUAAAGUUGGUUUAACUCUGCAUUAUAUAUAAUAGCAAGAAUGAAUGAUGAAAUAAACAGUGUUUUUUUUA